GACUUCUCUUUCUUUUGUUUGUCUUCUUGUUUCUGGACUCAAGAGAGAAGACUCAAGAGAGAAUGAGUUCGAAUGGCGAGAAGAGAAUGAUGAAAAGGUCGGAUUUCGCGCAGAAGUUGUUGGAUGAUCUUCGCGUGCGGAAGGAACAGCUUUCAGGCUCCAAGAACUGUCUACCAACAGAUAACUAUGCAUAUUCUAACAGAGGAUUUAAGGGAUCCAGAGCAAAAUCUACAGCAUUUCAAGAACUCACUAGCAGCAACAUAGAGGCUUCAAAUCAGUUAGUAACUUAUGGAAAAGGCCGGAGCAUGGAGAAAAUCGAUCUUUCGAAAGCAUUAGCAUUUGCACUUGAGAAUGCUGGGAAAGCUACAAGAUCAGAUCCUUCAGGGAGUGCUUCAAUCAUUAGUUUCUUGCAUGAAGUAGGAAAGAGAUCUUUGGGAGAAAGAAGAAGCAGUCAAGUUUUGGUGCAACAACAACAACCUUCCUCAAGUAGUCCUAUGAUUCAUGUUCAUAUAAAAGAGAUUUCAAAGGGAGCUCAAAAACUGAAUCAGAUCAUUAAAGCAUGUAGUAACGGCCUCAGUUUUCGUAAAGGGAGGUACUCGAUACAAUGCGGGGAACAGCUCAUGGAAGGUGCCAUUGAGUUAGAACAGUCUCUUCGUCUGCUUGUAGACAUACAACAAGCUUCUGAGUAUACAACUAAUAAACAGAGGAAAAACAGAAUCAAGCUGCUUGAAGAAAAUGAUGAUGAUGAAGAAGAGGAGGCUCAUAACCAAAACUACCAAAAGAUCAAACAAGUAGCAAAGGCAGAUAUCGAGAUGAGACUAUUGGCGCUUAACUAUCAAGAAGAUAAUAAGAGCAAACAUAGAAAAACAAGUAGUUGCGGAGAUACAGAAGAGAGAUCAUUGAAACCUCAGAAAGGAAGGAUUCCAAGUGUUGUUGCCAAGUUAAUGGGAUUAGGAGAGUUUCCAGAAGAUGAAAAAGAGACCAACAACAAAAAUGAUGCAUCCAUUAAAUCUGCAGAGAAUCUCACAAGGCAUAGAGUAAUGCAAGCUAGUGAAAAUCUUGUUGAACAGAAGACACCAAGGAAGUCAACAUCAUUGGAUUUAGUAAUCCAUAAGGAGACUCAAACCGCGAAUGAGAUAAUCUACAAAGUCAAGUCUCAGCAGAAAUAUAGAGAGAAAGAUGAUUCAGUUUCAAACAGUAGAAAAAGAAGCAAAGUUUCAUACAAGAAGGAUGGAGAAGUGACGACGAAAAAUGUUAUCCGAAGGAAUCCAUCUCCAACAGAAACUAAACAUAAGGUUGUCGCGAGGAGUCAACAAAAGCCUUUACAUAAACUUAGUUUUGAGAAGAAACUAGUUAUUCAUAAACCUGAGGAAGAAGAGAUCAUUAAGAAAGAGAAGUUGCAGCGAGAAAAUAGCGUAAAGACCAAUCAGUCAACAAAACUUUUGAGUUCAGUGGACAUACAAAAGAAGGUAGCACUCACAGAAAGUACUAAAGCUCCAAGAAAAAGCUUUUCUCAUGCUGAAGUAGCACACAAGGGAAGAGAAGGAGAGGUACAUAAAGCCAAGAUUCGCGAGAAGAAAAAACAAGACAUAUAUAAUCAAAAUGAAGGAUUGUACAAAGUAAUGAAGCCACCAGAGAUUAAGAAAGCAGAAGGAAAACAUGAUCAGUUACUCAGAAGUUACAACAAUAAGAUGAAGGAAGAAUCAGAUACAUGCAUCAAAGCAUCUCAAGUUUCAAGUGUUGAGGUCCAAUCAUCAAACAAAAAUGUGGUAGAGCAUAAGAGAGGGAUCAAAGAUGACUCAAUUCUUCUUAUUGCUGCGGAGAGAGUCACAUGCGAAGCUCCAUUAGAAAAUCAUCAUGGGCUUAUGUUCACGGAUGGGAUAGAUCAACAAGCUCCAAUAUCAAAGUUAAAUGAAGAUUCAGAGAGAUUACCCAAGACAAUAUGUAAAGGAACUAAAGAUGAGGUGGAAACUGGUUUAUCCUUGUUGGAGAAGCGACAAGAACACCGAAAACAAGAAACUACGUACACAUUUUCUGAAAAUGAAAGAAUCCUCAAGAAGAUAUUUGUGAAAAGCCAAAUAUUUCUAGACACAGCAAAGGCACUUUUCAAACUCAACAUUCCUCCAAGUGUCUAUCAUGACGCCUACGUUGAAAGCAAUUACUAUCAAGAAGACAAGAACCUAAUCCUAGAUUGCGGUUUCGAGCUAAUGAAACGAAAAAGAAGAUUUCAAGAGUUAAGUGUACAUCCUUUCGUCAAGACACCCAUCAGUUCCUCUAGAGUAAACUCAUUGGACCAUCUUAUUAUACAAAUAAGCAAAGAGUUAGAGAAGCUGAGAGCCUACGGUAGAGACUACUACCACAUUGGAUCACAUGUUGAAGACUAUGUCUUGGAAAGAGAUGUUCACCAUAAAGAUCCAAACUUGAACUCAAUGUGGGAUAUGGGUUGGAACGAUUCGAUGCGAGCCUUCAUCGAAAAAGAUGAUGUUAUGAGGGAUAUAGAGAGGGAAGUCUUCAGUGGACUCUUGGAUGAGAUAACAAGAGAUCUUAUAUGCAUAUAGCCGAGAGUACUCUUCUUUCUCUCCGAGUCAAAAGUGAGUUCUUGUUACGUUUUAGGUGAAUCUUUCAGACGUUAAUACAUUAACAAGACAUGUAUCUACUUUGUUAAUGUUUUGUCUUAAAUUGGUUUUAUUUUCAACCUUGUGUGAGCAAAAUGAUAUGGUAUAUAUUGGAUAUUGAAUCCAUGGGUAGAGAUGAGAGUCCUUUGUGUACUAUCUAUGAGAUUGAUGUAACAAAAUUAGUAGAU